AUGAUUCCCGACAAUAAGAAGAUCCAGUCUAUCGAACGGACGUCAUCUGUUCACACGUCACAGUCAACUCUGAUGUCUCGGGAAACGAUUUCCGAAAAAAAGCAGAUCCAGUUUAUCAAGUGGACAAAACCUGCAGCGCACCAAACACUACCUCAACAAGUGAUAACAUUCUUAAGAAAUGAAUUGAUACUCGGCAAACAUGUUGACCACAUUUCUGCGUCUCUUCUAAUAUGGAUGAAAACGAACAAACACGAGAUAAAUGAAAUAGUAAAGCUAAUAGAUAAGUACACGGUAAAUUCUGCUAAAAAGGACUCGGACGAGCAGGAUGCCAGUAUUCGAUGGCUACUUGGUUUCAUCUAUCAGUACGGCGUAGGAACCGAUGAAGAUGAAAUAGAUGCGUAUGAUUAUUACAAGGAAUCAGGCAACACAUAUAAUUAUUUAGGAUUAUAUUCACUUGGCCGUUGUUACCAGACAGGUUAUGGUGCUAUAGAAAAGACCGAAAUGGCCAAAAGGUUUUAUAUGAGGUCAGCCGCUCAAGGAUUUACACCGGCAAUAUACAACCUGGUCGAUAUGUAUGCGUCCGAAGGAGACGACGAGCGGGCGUUCAUGCUAUUAAAGCAGACAGCGGAUCAGGGUGAUUCAACUGCUCUAUGCAAGCUCUCGAGUUGGUAUUCUCGCGGAAGAGGGGUAGCGAAAAGUGAAGCCCAAGCAAUAAAUUGUCUUGAGAAAGCAGUUGAUUUGGGCAACCCUAUAGCGAUGUGCGAAUUUGGCGUGCGUCUUCUAUAUGGUCAAGGUGUUGCGUCAGACGAACGGAGGGCCAUCAGUUUGUUUAGGUUGGCAUCUGUUUUUGAGAUUGAUACCGCAUAUGAAAAUCUGGCUCGCAUUUAG